GAGAGGAAGUCGAGGAGGAGCUUGAGUGAAAUCUGACUCUGUUGGAGCUGUUGAUGGGGGUGGGGACCGUCGGGCUCAAUGCGCGCACACGGGUGCAUACCCAAAAACCCUAUGUUCCAUACCAUAAUAACCCUUCACUUUUUUUAAGAUUAUACCCAACUGACUCAUGCUUUAAUACAGCAUACACCUCUGAUAUUUCUGCCAAGCUGUGUGCGUUUGCUGGUCAGAUUCGAUUAGGAAGCUGUGCUUGGCUCUGAGAGAACCAUGGCGACCCAAUCUGAUCUGAUGGAGCUGGAUAUGGCUAUGGAGCCAGACCGCAAGGCUGCAGUCAGUCAUUGGCAGCAGCAGUCAUACCUGGAUUCAGGUAUCCACUCUGGGGCCACCACAACUGCCCCAUCCCUGAGUGGCAAGGGCAACCCAGAGGAAGAGGAUGUAGAUAAUCAAGUGCUGUACGAGUGGGAGCAGGGCUUUAACCAGUCCUUCAACCAGGAGCAGGUAGCAGAUAUUGAUGGUCAGUACGCCAUGACCAGAGCACAGAGAGUCCGGGCGGCCAUGUUCCCCGAGACUCUGGACGAGGGCAUGCAAAUCCCCUCCACACAGUUCGAUUCUAACCACCCCACAAACGUCCAGCGCCUGGCAGAACCCUCACAGAUGCUCAAACACGCCGUGGUCAACCUCAUUAACUAUCAGGAUGAUGCAGAGCUGGCCACACGCGCCAUUCCAGAGCUCACCAAACUACUGAACGAUGAAGAUCAGGUGGUGGUAAAUAAGGCAGCUGUAAUGGUGCACCAGCUUUCUAAGAAAGAGGCCUCUCGUCACGCCAUCAUGCGAUCUCCGCAGAUGGUAUCGGCCAUUGUGAGGACCAUGCAGAACACCAAUGACGUUGAGACAGCCCGCUGUACCUCCGGCACCCUGCACAACCUCUCCCACCACAGAGAAGGCCUGCUCGCCAUCUUCAAAUCGGGAGGCAUCCCUGCCCUUGUGAAGAUGCUUGGCUCCCCUGUGGACUCAGUACUGUUUUAUGCGAUCACAACUCUACACAACCUGCUACUGCAUCAGGAAGGAGCAAAGAUGGCAGUCCGUCUGGCCGGAGGUUUGCAGAAAAUGGUGGCCUUGUUGAACAAAACAAAUGUCAAAUUCCUCGCGAUCACGACAGACUGUCUUCAGAUUCUGGCAUACGGCAAUCAGGAAAGCAAACUUAUCAUUCUGGCGAGCGGAGGCCCACAGGCUCUGGUCAACAUCAUGAGGACCUACACCUAUGAGAAACUGUUGUGGACCAACAGUCGAGUGCUCAAAGUCCUUUCUGUUUGCUCUAGUAACAAACCUGCCAUUGUUGAAGCUGGUGGCAUGCAAGCACUCGGCCUUCACCUCACAGAUCCCAGCCAGCGACUGGUACAGAACUGCUUAUGGACUUUAAGGAAUCUUUCAGAUGCCGCCACCAAACAGGAGGGCAUGGAGGGUCUGUUGGGCACCCUGGUCCAGUUGCUCGGAUCCGAUGACAUUAACGUGGUGACAUGUGCCGCUGGAAUCCUGUCCAACCUCACAUGCAACAACUACAAGAACAAGAUGAUGGUGUGCCAAGUAGGUGGCAUCGAGGCACUGGUGCGCACUGUUCUGCGUGCCGCUGACCGGGAGGACAUCACAGAGCCUGCUAUCUGCGCUCUCCGUCACCUCACAUCCAGACACCAGGAUGCAGAGAUGGCCCAGAAUGCAGUGCGGCUGCAUUAUGGACUACCUGUAGUAGUCAAACUACUCCAUCCUCCCUCACAUUGGCCUCUCAUUAAGGCCACAGUCGGACUGAUCCGUAACUUGGCGCUAUGUCCCGCCAACCACGCCCCACUGAGAGAGCAGGGUGCCAUUCCCCGCCUGGUGCAGCUUCUGGUCCGUGCUCAUCAGGAUACUCAGAGACGCACCUCCAUGGGUGGAACACAACAGCAGUUUGUGGAGGGAGUGCGUAUGGAGGAGAUUGUGGAGGGCUGCACUGGAGCACUGCACAUUCUAGCCAGAGACAUUCACAACAGAAUUGUCAUCAGAGGACUCAAUACUAUUCCUCUUUUUGUUCAGUUGCUGUAUUCUCCGAUCGAGAACAUCCAGCGUGUAGCUGCAGGUGUGUUGUGUGAGCUGGCUCAGGAUAAGGAGGCAGCUGAGGCCAUCGAGGCAGAGGGAGCCACCGCUCCCCUCACAGAGCUCCUCCACUCCAGAAACGAGGGUGUUGCCACAUACGCUGCUGCAGUUCUGUUCCGCAUGUCUGAGGAUAAGCCCCAGGACUACAAGAAACGACUGUCUGUGGAGCUCACCAGCUCUCUGUUCAGAACUGAGCCCAUGACCUGGAAUGAGACUGGAGAUCUGGGGUUGGAUAUUGGCGCACAGGGAGAGCCUCUGGGCUACAGACAGGACGACCCAAGCUACCGCUCCUUCCAUUCUGGAGGUUAUGGGCAGGAUGCCAUGGGCAUGGAUCCCAUGAUGGAGCAUGAGAUGGGCGGGCACCACCCCGGCCCUGAUUACCCAGUAGAAGGCCUGCCCGACCUUGGCCACGCCCAGGACCUGAUUGACGGCCUACCACCAGGCGACAGCAAUCAGCUGGCCUGGUUUGAUACUGAUCUGUAAAUACAAUGACUUUUUAGCUGUAUCGUCUGAUCUGAAUGAACCUGCAUUGUGAUUUUGGCCUGUAGAGUUGCUGAGCGGGCUCAAGAGAGUGGGCUAGUUUCUCUGAAAGUGCCUGACACACUAAUACAAGCUGAGUUUCCUAUGGGAACACAUGGAAGUAAAACUUUUGUUUUGGUCAAAGUUGGUCAGAAUUUGGUGUGAUUGACAGAAGAAAGCCCAAAAAGCAAAUCCUAAGAUGGAAUUUUCAACCUUAGCCUUGCCUGUAAUUUUAUUACUUUUAUUUUUAAAAGGAUAUUUCGGUCUGUAAUGGUACUUGCUUGCUUUAUGAUACUUGUAUUUUAUUUUGCAGAACUUUGUAUUCCUUUUCAGCUGCCUCUCUCAUAGUGUUGAGUUAUAGUAGUAAUGAUCCAUGGAGAUUAUCAAGUUUAUGGUGUAGAACACUAAUUAAUCAGUUGAAUUGUAUUCUGAUCAAAUGUAACAUUGUGUAGCUUUUGUAUAAAACCAAGAAUUGGAGAAGUCCAAAUAUCUGCUCUCUUGCUUUAAUAAAUCACAAAUGUUCAAAAGAGUUUGCAAUCAGUUGGGGCCAGUUUUGUUUUCAUUUUUAAUAUUAUUAUUUUUAUUUUUUUGAUGGUAGCUUUAGAAAGGUUUUGAAAAGAACCCCUAAUUAUUGUAGCCUGUGAUGUCAGUGGGAGGCUUGGUUAUGACCUGGCUAAACAAUAAAAUGGACUUAAA